GUUUCUUUCAAUCUUUAUAUCUUCUCUUUAUUUAAUAUGACUGCUGAAAAGCUGAACAUUCUCCUCGUCGGUGCUGGGGGUCGUGAGCAUGCUAUUGCUUGGAAACUCGCUCAGUCUACACGAGUACAACACAUUUUUGUCGCUCCUGGUAACGGAGGUACGCUUGGAUCUAAAAUCACCAACGUGAAUAUCGGUGUUUCUGAUUUUCCCAAAUUAAUCGAAUUCGCUCUUGCCAAUAAGAUCGAUCUUGUCAUUCCUGGUCCCGAACAACCCAUUGUGGAAGGUAUCCAAGGUGAAUUCAAAAAAGUGGGUAUUCCUUGUUUCGGCCCUUCUCCCAAAGCUGCUCAAAUGGAAGGCUCCAAAGCCUUUUCCAAAGAUUUCAUGAAGAAGCAUCGUAUCCCUACCGCCGCCUACGAGAACUUUACCGAUUAUGAAAAAGCCAAAGCAUAUAUCCAAUCUGUCAACCACAAACUCGUCUUAAAGGCUUCUGGUUUAGCUGCUGGUAAAGGUGUUCUUAUGCCUCAAACUCAACAGGAAGCACUUGACGCUCUCCAUGCCAUCAUGGUCACCAAGGAGUUUGGCGAUGCCGGUAACGAAGUCGUUAUUGAAGAAUGUUUAGAAGGUGAGGAGUUAUCGUUUUUGGCUUUUGCUGAUGGAUACACUAUUAUUCCUUUGCCUCCUGCACAAGACCAUAAGCGUGCCUCUGACGGCGAUGUUGGACCUAACACUGGCGGUAUGGGAUGCUAUGCUCCUACACCCAUUGGUACUCCCGAACUGAUUGAGCAAGUGAAGCGUACGAUUUUGCAACCUACAUUGGAUGGUAUGCGUCGUGAUGGUUUCCCCUUUGUUGGUAUGUUGUUUACUGGUAUUAUGUUGACGGCUUCUGGACCCAAGGUGUUGGAAUAUAAUGUCAGAUUUGGUGAUCCCGAGACCGAAGUGGUGUUGCCUCUUUUAUCAGAUGAUUCUGAUUUAGCAGAAAUCUUGAUGGCUUGUGUAGAAGGUCGUCUUGAUUCUGUAGCCAUUACGGUGAAGAAGGCUUUUGCUGCUACUGUGGUCAUUGCUUCUGGAGGUUACCCCGGUUCAUAUACCAAGGGAAAGGCCAUUACGCUUCCCCAAGAGUCCAAUGAUGUCAUGAUUUUCCAUGCUGGUACCAGUGUAAAGGAAAACCAACUUGUGACAGAUGGUGGUCGUGUACUUGCAGUUUCUGCCGUUGCUAAUACUUUACGCGAAGCUGUGGAUAAGGCGUAUGUUGGCGUGAAAUCUAUCCAAUUCGAUGGCAUGUAUUAUCGUAACGACAUUGCCCAUCGUGCAUUCAAGUAUGCUGAUGAAAAGAAGACGGGACUUUCUUACGCCGAUGCCGGUGUAUCUAUUGAUGCUGGUAAUUUACUUGUACAACAAAUCAAGCCUCUUGUGAAAUCCACGAAACGUGUAGGCGCUGAUUCUGAUAUUGGAGGAUUUGGUGGUAUCUUUGAUUUGAAAGCUGCUGGAUUCCGUGAUCCUAUUCUUGUGUCUGCUACCGACGGUAUUGGAACCAAGCUCAAGAUUGCUCAAGAUUGUCAAAUUCAUGAUACCGUGGGUAUUGAUUUGGUCGCGAUGAAUGUAAAUGAUUUAAUUGUUCAAGGAGCUGAGCCUUUAUUCUUUUUGGAUUAUUUCGCGUGUGGUAAAUUGGAAGUUGACGUCGGUAAAGAUUUUGUCGCUGGUGUGGUGGAAGGAUGUCUUCAAUCUGGAUGUGCGUUAGUGGGUGGAGAAACUGCCGAGAUGCCAGGUCUCUAUGCUUUGGGUGAUUAUGACGGUGCAGGUUUCACAGUCGGCGCAGUUGAACGGGAAAAGAUUUUACCUCGUAUGGAUUUAAUGAAGGAAGGAGAUGUUGUUCUUGGUUUAGCUUCCUCUGGUGUUCAUUCCAAUGGAUUUUCUUUGGUCCGUAAAAUUGUGUCAUCUCAGCCUGGAUUAAAUUACCAAUCACCUUGUCCUUGGAACUCUGAAAAGACACUUGGAGAAGGACUUUUGGUUCCUACACGUAUCUAUGUCAAACAAUUAUUACCUGUUGUGCAAAAGGAUUUGAUCAAGGGUAUGGCACAUAUCACUGGCGGUGGAUUCUUGGAGAAUAUUCCUCGUGUGAUGCCUGAACAUUUGGCAGUGAUUGUGGAUGCUAAAUCAUAUGAGUUACCUCCUAUUUUCAAAUGGCUCAAGGAGGCCGGUGGAUUAUCCGCUCAUGAAAUGUCACGUACAUUCAAUUGUGGUAUUGGUAUGAUUAUUGUUGCUGAUCGUGAGAAUGUCGCCGAGAUUACUAGAUUAUUGGAAGCCGCGAAUGAGACUGUAUAUGAACUUGGAUCUGUUACUACUAAAGAAGCCUUGGGAGGAAAAGAAGUAGAAGUGCGUAACACUGAAUGUUGGUAGACAAAUUAUUACAAAAAAAAAAAGACUUUAAGGGGGUUGUUGUACAUAAAAAAGCUUUUCAUUAUAUUAAAAUAAAAAAUUAAAAAAAAAAAAAAAUAUACACAUAAUAUUUACAUUUAGAAAAAAGUUAUUUCUUGGUUUUUUUGAUACUAUUAUUGGAUUU